GCGGGAGGAACGUGUUGCAGCUGCUGUUGAGCUUCGCGGUGGGCGGGCUUCUCGGCGACGUGUUCCUGCACCUGCUUCCGGAGGCUUGGAGUAUGGCCUGGACGCUGGAGCAGGUACCCACGAAGCGUUCACCCAAGUGGGUCUUUGCGUGUUGGCGGGGAUCUUCGUGUUCAUCAUAGUGGAGAUGAUGGCCUCAAAUGAGUCUCCGGAGCCGCAAAAUAAUAACUCUAAGGAAAAAAUAGGGGAAAAUAAGAAAGAUGUAACUGGCUACUUAAACCUUAUAGCAAAUGGUAUUGACAACUUUACUCAUGGACUGGCUGUAGCGGGUUCAUUCAUGGUUUCCUACAAGACAGGAAUACUUACAACUGGUGCUAUACUCAUUCACGAAAUCCCACAUGAGAUUGGGGACUUUGCCAUUCUACUUAAGUCUGGUUUUAGCCGCUGGGAGGCAACACUGGCACAACUCUAUACUGCAGGCGUUGGCUUACUGGGCGCCCUCUUCACACUCUUCAUUGGUACUUCUGAGUCUCUUGCGGGAAUACAAGUGUACAUCCUUGCCUUUACUGCUGGAGGCUUCCUCAACAUCGCUCUCGUGACUGUACUGCCAGAACUUUUACAGGAAGACCGCCCUGCUCAGUCGUGCGCACAGCUUCUGUGUCUCCUCUUGGGUACCUUCACCAUGGCCACAGUUGCUACCACAUGCUGAAGGAGACAGGCAUACUUCAGUUUUCUCUUCCGUCUUGUCUUGUGUUCCAGGGGCUGUGAUGUCCUUAUAUGCCUGUUGAGAAGAGCAGGUCAAUUUUCCUAGUAGUUGGUUAGGAGGAUUUUUUUUUACUUUUCCCAAAUGUAGAGAAGUAUUGUUAGAGAAGUGAUGAAAUAUUAAUUUGUUUCUUUCAUGUAGACUACAUGUGUAAUGUAUUAAUGUGUUCUACAUAGAUAGGAAGUCCAGAAAGAGAUAUACAGUAUUUCUCUUUUUUCAUCUUCCUUUUUCAUCUUUUUUGUUUUUUACAUUACAUAUCAUAAAAAGAGAAAAAUAAGAUGAAAAAACAUGGUAAUGUGAAUAUACAAACUUCCAGGUUGUGUUGAGCAAGGGGUGAGUCAUAAACUUCAACCCUCUAAUAAUUUUAUUGGUCCUGAAAUCUAGUGGUUCCACCAUAUUCACCUUUACUAACCAAGCUGUGAGUAAGUGAAUCCUAGGCACACUUAAACGAAGAACCAUAGGUCAUAUAACACACUGACCUCGUGCGAAGGCAUCAGCCAGGAAAUCGAUAGCAGAUUCCAUGAUAUUAGAAAUGAGGACCACAGCCACAUACAGUGCAACUUUCUACCCGCAGAGGUUACAAAGCAUUUAUACAGCAAGAUAAUUUAUCCUUCCAAUGUGAAGGAAACUGUUGCACUAUUAACUACAAAAAUAGAUAUUUUAUAAAGACAUGAUAAAUUAGUUCAUAGUUUUAUUCAGUCUAAGCAAAUGUUUCACAGAACAAAUACUUAUACAGUACUGAACUCAUAAUAAGCAAAAUUUCAGGUCCAGAAAGAAUAUAGUGAACUACUUCUUAAGUAGGAGUAUAUUCAGUUCAAUAUUUUCAUUGAAUGUAGGCAUCUAGAUAUAUUUAGACUUUAGACCUCAGUUCACAUUUUUAUUGAAGCACCAUUGAUAGUAUAUUCUUGGAUAUAAGGCAAACACUGGGUAUUCGGAAAAUAUUAUUUUGAUGCAUUGUUAUAGAUAAAAUGCAGAGCUGGCAUGUUUUCAUUUCAGAUUGUCCAUAGGUAGCAGUUAUAGAACCCUUUUCCUACCUUAUUUGACAUUUGAGAAUUCUGUGUGUAUAUACAUUAGCAUCUUACACAUAUAAUUUCUUGCCAAUUCAUUCAAUGACAGAUAGAAAAUAUUAGCUUUUAUUACAUAGUAAGACUUGAACUGUGUAUAUAGCAGCCAAUGAUUCAAACCUAUAGCUCAGUAGACAUUCGAAAGUUACUCUUUCAUAAGUAGUUUUUAGAAACAGAUUUAGAUAAUUCAGAAACAGAUAUGUGGCUGUGAAAACCUUAAUUUCUUUAUCUACAUUGUCUUAUAACUGGACCGAUUUUCAAUUGUAUUACUAUGUCAUUUUCAAAAUGAAAUGAACAUGGGGGGAUUUUGCGUGAAAUUUUGUAGUUCUUCUAUGAUAAAGUUAACACAAAUUGUAUUAUGAGUUUGCCCCGAAGUGAACUAGUGAAGUCUGUUUUUGGAAAGACAGGUAGGUAGCUGUUACGUACAUAGAAAAGAUGUAUAGCAAGAGGGAAAUGAAUUCAUAAAUGCGAUAUCAAGAGUGCAAUGUGUAUGAUAUUUUUAUCACUAAUUUUUUAAUUUUUUUUAUUGUUAUUAUAAUGAUGAUGUUAGUGAUGAUGA